CUAGCUGUCUUCUUUGGAUGUCCUUUCACGUAGCCACGACAAAUACGAAUGUGCUAAGGGAGAUUGGGCUGUUUCCCAGAUGGCCUCCAGCUCUCUCUGACACGUCAGAGGUGUUUCUUGUAGGAUCCCCGAGGACUCUCGAAGGCAGCUGCAUCAGUGAAAAGCCAAGCCCAGGCGUGCCGCACACCAGGGGGUUUCCCUGCACGCCUGCCCAGUCUCUCCUCGUUAGCAACCAUUACUGCUCAUUUAUUCUUGAGGGAGACCCAGAAGAACCCCUCUCACUUUCUGGCACCUUGGGCCAUCCAAAGGCCUGGCUGGAUCUGUGAAUCAAACGGACUUAAGGUGGAUGAACAGGAGGAAAACUACACAGUUUAAUUCCACAGAAAUUCAGAUCCCCAAAGAAGUAGCCGACAUCUUCAAUGCUCCCAGUGAUGACGAAGAGUUUGUGGGUUUCCGGGAUGAUGUUCCCAUGGAAACCCUGUCAGAGAGCUGCGAGAGUCUGGACUCACUGGAGUUGGAGAAACAGCAGGGCAUGUGUUUCCAUUCCAAAUACCUCACUGAAGAGCUAAGGAGGAUUUUCAUAGAGGACACAGAUUCAGAAGCUGAGGAUUUCGAAGGAUUUACGGAGAGUGAGGUGAACGCAAGCAGUGACCCAGAGCUCGUGGAGUCAGAGCUGAGCGGCAGUGGCAAAGCGUCUGUGGCGAGUGAGGAGGAAGAGGAGGAAGAUGAAGAUGAAGAGGAGGCCACACCCAGAAGGAGCAGGUCCACAAGAAGCAGUUUUGGUCUCCGAGUAGCCUUUCAGUUCCCCACCAAAAAACUGGCAAAAACACCGGGUAAAAAUAGCUCACACUCACUGGACAGCAAGACUGCUCUUGGAAGAGAGAAAAGCAGCAGACAGGCCAAGGAACGGGAAGACACUGCCUCUGAGUCCGAGGAUGACUCCAAGGCCGAGAGCCAGGAGAAUUCAGACGCUCUGCUGAAAAGGGCCAGGAAUAUCAAGGAGAACAAGGCCAUGCUCGCUCAGCUGUUGGCGGAGUUGAACUCGGUGCCGGAUUUCUUCCCCGUGCGAACACCAACCUCAGCUUCUAAGAGGAGAACGUCACGACGGGCCUUCUCGGAGGGACAGAUCAUACGGCGCGUGAACCCAACCAGGAGUGCCCGGCCCCCGGAGAAGUUCGCCCUGGAAAACUUUACUUUCUCGGCCGCCAAGCUCACCGAAGAGCUCUACAGUUUCCGAAGAAGGAAGACAAUUAGUGGGGGGAGAUGCCAGAGGUAUAGACGGCGUCACCGAGUCUCUUGUCGUUCGGUGGAAGACAUCACUGAAGAAGACUUGGAAAAUGUUGCCGUCACCGUUCGUGAUAAAGUCUAUGACAGAGUGCUGGGUAACACCUGCCACCAGUGCCGGCAGAAGACCAUUGACACCAAGACGGUGUGCCGGAACCAGGACUGUGGCGGUGUGCGGGGACAGUUCUGCGGGCCGUGCCUGCGGAAUCGCUACGGGGAGGAUGUGCGGGCAGCCUUGCUGGAUCCGGAGUGGACAUGUCCUCCCUGCCGUGGGAUCUGCAAUUGCAGUUACUGCCGGAAGCGAGACGGACGCUGUGCCACUGGGAUUCUCAUUCACCUGGCCAAGUUUUACGGUUAUGACAACGUCAAGGAGUACCUGGAGAGGUCCGUCCAUCCAUCCAUACUGGAGAGGCUCGGGCCUAAAGAAAUCCCUCCUCUGAUAGAGAAGUGUACCCAGCUCCACAGUGCGGUCGGGCCAUUAAUCUCCAAUUGUGGAGCCAAGCAAAUCACACAAGAACGACCAGUAAAAAUAACACCGGUCUCCACAGCCUGAAGGGCCAGGGAGUUGGACUGCAGCUUACAGAAGCAGCUGUAGACGACCAUUGAGAGGAGGAGGAGGAACGCUCGGAGUGUGCCAGAGUCCCACGAGAGACGUCUGCUGUUUGUGCCUAGCCUCAGAGCUGAACCUCGCAGAAGCUUGUUUCUUGGAAUUUACCGUUCCUAAGACUGCUUUCUUUUUUUUAAAUAGUUUAUAUGCUUAAAAAGAUUUCUCAGGAAAAAUAGUAAAGCAGAGAAAUCUGUAUUUCAAAUACCUGCUGAAGAUUUAAAAAGCACAAAUUAGAUGGGGGCAGAGUUUUAGAGCUCAGGUACAGGUGCAAGGAAGACGCCUGACCUUGGACGUACGGGCUCUCUCCCAGUCACCGCUCUUUUACAGAGGCUGCGGAGUGACCAUAGCGGACACCUAGUAGUUUAUCCUAGACAUACUGCUCUAGAUACUGAAUUCUGGGUCUUUAGAAACUUAUAUCGGAAGAAUGUUCCUCUCAACUAUCAAGUGCAAUUAACCACACACUGUGAGUACGGUGUCCUUUUUAUUAAAAAACAACACAAAUGGACCAAGUUAUUAUAGACGCUGGAGGCCGCGGUACGCUUGCCUCUCUUCCUUCAGGACCUGCCUGGAGCCUGCUGCUUCUACCAUUUUUUUUUUUUUUAGAGAUUUCACUUUUUAUAGGACCCCCUUACUGCAUUGUUUUUGAGACUUUAGGGAAACGUAAGGGAUAAACCACCGUGGUGUUUUGGGUAGGUGUGGUGGAGGGAGCUAAAAUCAACGAAUAUAUAUAUAUAUAUAUAUAUAUAUAUAUAUAUAUAUAUAUAUAUAUAUAUAUCCCAGGUAGAUGUUUCAGUGUUGUUUUUUGUUUAAAUACUACUAUCCUCCCUUCUGAAAGAAUUAACGUUCUAACGAGAACGUGCGGCCCCGUCACUAAAGCAUGCUCACACUGCCCUGGCUGGGGCAGGAGGAAAUCUAAGUUUUGCAGUACCAAGGCCAUUUAUGCCUCCAGCAGCAGAGCCACCCCUGCCAACACCCACUUAGCUGUCUUUUCUUUGCUCUUCAGCCUGAAAGUCCACACGUAGGUGAGGCCUCUCGCUUUGGUUUUGUAAACGGGGCACUCAUAGGUGUGCUUGGUCUCCUGUCUGUCCACGGUUACGGCUUUGGCAAAGAUGACGGGCAUCGUGGAUGUUAGCUCCUUAAGGCGGGAGUCAGCAAGGACUCCGGAGUGGAUGUCCCACCUGGCACCUGUGGUGGAGAGACAACAGCUGUGUUGUACCAAUGCUCUUAAUUGUCUGAUGCAAUAAAUGUUCUGCUUUUUUUUUUCA